CGGUAACUGGGCCAUGAAAAAAUGCCACAAAGAAGUGGAGAGACGAGCAGUUGUCACUCGGCGGAUACGUGUGUGUUUUAAAACUUGGCAGGCCAUAAACUUGAAGAACCCGUUUUAUUUUCCAUAUAAAUGUGUUAUUUGUGAUAGAUAUGACGGAAAUGUUUUCAACUCUCUUUGGGCAAAAUGAAGCUCAGGGACCGCCGGGCUCGUCGUCGCUUGGUUUCGGACCGGGAAAACCUCCGCCUCCUCUGCCGCAAAACCAAGUCCCCAUGGCGGGCCAGAUGCCACCGCAGCUCGGGGAUGAAGGGCCUGCUUUACGGAAGCCCGGAGCCAUGAAUGAACCUUUCUAUUUACUACGGGAACUGCCAGUUGGCAAUGAACUAACAGGCAACACCAACCUCAUCACUCACUACAACCUGGAACACGCCUACAACAAAUUCUGUGGCAAGAAGGUGAAGGAGAAGCUCAGUAACUUCCUGCCAGAGUUACCAGGCAUGAUUGACUGUCCUGGCACUCAGGAUGGCAGCUCGUUGCGCUCACUGAUUGAUAAGCCUCCAGUGUGCGGGAACUCCUUCAGCCCUCUGACUGGUGCUCUGCUCACAGGCUUCAGACUGCACACAGGACCGCUCCCAGAACAGUACAGACUGAUGCACAUCCAGCCUCCAAAGAAGAAGAGCAAACACAAGCACAAACACCAUCGACCGCAGGACCCCUUACCACAAGAAACUCCGUCAGACUCUGACCCCAAGAAGAAGAAGAAAAAGAGAGAUGACGAUCCUGAUCGCAAGAAGAAAAAGAAAGACAAGAAAAAGAAGAAGAACCGCCACAGUCCCGACCACCCCGGCCUCGCUGGCUCACAGCCCAACAGCAACAGCCUCAGAUAGACAGGAACCCAGUGUGUGCAUGCCUGUGCGUGAAUGUGUGUAUGCGUGUGUAUUUUACAGGAGCGGAUGCAUCAGAAGCAAUGCGAGUGUGUGUUUUACAAAGAAUUGUAUUAUAGAGCAUAUGCCUUUUGGUUUGGAUGCCAUCAUGACGAGAGACGGAGUGAGUCAGAUUAUAAGAAGAGGUGUUUGGUGCGUGGAUGUGGGAACAAAUGUUACAGAACAGUGUACAAGGCACGGUGCCACUGAUGUGCAAUGUGAUGUUAUGAAUGAAUGAGUCGGUGUGUCUGUUUCCAUUUUGUUGUAAUAUCUUUUGACCACAUGCCCAAAUUCCAAUAAACUUUGGUUAUUAUCCUUA